AUGUUGGGUGGAACAGAUACAUUUGGCUUAGAGAUGCUUGAUGCGUCUCAAGAGAAUAGUUUGGCCGAUUUGCAGCAGCAACUCUCUUCGCUAGUGGAAAAGUGCUACAAAGUAGCGACGGAAGUUAAUCUUGCUGGAAAACAACUCCUUGCUGAACUAGCCGUUGAGAAGGAUCGGAAUGGGAUCUCGCUACUUGAGAUCAAAAACAGAGAUCUUCUCGCUUACACAAGGGAACUGGCUUUUCUGAUGUCACAAAUGAGUUCUGGGGAAAGCAUUCAAGGCAGUCCUGCAAUAGAAAGAUCAGUUUAUUUAAGAACGGUGCUGGAAAGGAUUCGUCCGAUUGGACAGAAAAUGAAGACACAGGUAGAGAAAUUAGUACAUGCUGCUUACUCCUCAAAAAAACAAAAUAUACAGGAGUUGCAACCCCAUCCGGAAAUGAUGAAUUUUGAACAAGAGAAGAGUGAAGAUUUAGGAGAAAAUAGGGAUGUUGAUGGUCCACAAGAACAAGCUAAUAAAAAAUAUGUACCACCGAAACUGGUCGCUGUACAUUAUAAUGGUACAAAAGAUGACGAAGCGAAAAAUGAGAGAAAAUUAGAAAGGAAAAGGAAGCGUGCGUUGCAGAGCAGUUUAAUACAAGAUUUAAGAGCUGAAUACAGCGAGGCGCCGGAAGAAAUUACAGACGACAGGACUGUAAAGAGAUUCCAGCAAGCAGAUAAGGAAAAGCAAAAGCAUGAGGAAGACUAUUUUAUACGCCUGCAGGUCAACAAAAGAGAGCGCCACAAGAGGAAGUUAAAAAGUCGUCAAAAUAUAAUUGAAGAGUUGUUGCAAUUUGGUGAUUACAUGGCAAUGGACAAAGAGGACGAAGAAUUAUCUCGCAAGAAAUUAUUUAGAAGUCGUAAGGGCAGUAGAAAAGAGCGAGGUUUGAAAUCGCAGGGGGGGAAAGUUCGUAAGAAAGUUCUUGAUAAAAGAAUUUACCGAACAUUGUUCAAUAGGGCAAAGCUAGAAAGAGGAGGAAGUGAAGCUUGA